AUGUUGUUGCCGACGGACGCGGCUGCGGUGCUCGCCUUCUGGUUCGAGGGCGACCAGCAAGAGAUCUACCGCACCAAGUGGUUUCCUCCGGCUGGCAGCGAGAUCCAGGCGCAGACGGACAAGCGCAUCACGGACACCUUUGGCCCGCUCCUCGCCGCCGCCGAGCGACGCGAGCUGCACGCCGAAUGGUGCGCGUCGCGCGACGCCUUCGUGGCGCUCAUCGUGCUGCUCGACCAGUUCUCGCGCCACGUGCACCGCCACGACGCCGACAAGCGGACGGCCAACGACGUCCUCGCGCUGGCGCUGGCCGAAGCCUUUGUCGCCGCCGGCCAUCACGAGACCGUGCCGACCAACUACUUUGUGUUUGCGCUCAUGCCCUUUCGACACACGCCGACGCAUGCGCGCCUCGCGUCCGUCCUCGAGCACAUCAACCGUCGCGAGGCCAUGCUCUCGGAGCACACGGACAUUCUGUCCAAGUUUCGGCGGACGACCGUGCAGCGCCAAGCGCACUUGCGCCCAGCGUCGACGUCGGUCCUGUUGCCCAAGCACGUGCUGACACCGCUCAUGCACAGUUUUCUCAGCGCGAUGGACGCAGGGUCGCCGGCCUGCCCUGCGAUUGGCAUCUCGCUCUCGGGCGGCGUCGACUCGAUGGUCAUCGCCUACUUGCUCGUCAAGCUCGCACCGCGCUACAACAACUUCAAGGUCGUUGCGGUGCACAUCGACUACAAGAACCGCGCCGAGAGCACGGCCGAGGCCGCGUACGUCGAGGCGUGGUGCAAGCCGCUCGGGAUCGAGUGCUACGUGCGGCGCAUCGACGAGUGCCAGCGCGCGACGACCAAGCGAGAAGAGUACGAGCGCAUCUCGCGCGACAUUCGGUACACCACGUACGCCGAGAUCAUGGCGCGCCACAGCAUUCCGGGCAUGUGCGUGGGCCACCACCGCGGCGACGUGCAGGAAAACGUCAUCUCCAACAUGAUGAAGGGCCAGUCGCUCCUCGGGCUCAACGGCAUGAGCACGUCGUCGACGGUCAACGGCGUGCGCAUUUGGCGCCCGCUGCUCGCGAUCGACAAGGACGCGAUCUUUGACUUUGCCCAUGUCUUUGGCGUGCCGUACAUGAAGGACACGACACCGCAGUGGAGCACGCGCGGGAAGCUCCGGCGCCAGCUCAUGCCGCUGCUGCACGAAAUGUACGGCGCGGGCUACUUGAACAACCUCUCCAACCUCGGGCAGGAAGCCACCGAGUGCGCGAGCGUGCUUGAAAGCAUGCUGCUGGGGCCCGUGCUGCAGACAGUGCAGCACUCGGCGCUCGCAGUGUGGAUCGACUUGACGCUCUUGGCGCCGCAGCCCAUGUUCAUUUGGAAGGAGAUUCUGCGCCGUGUGUGCCACGAGCGCAUGGGUGAGCGCAUGAUCCGCGACAAGCCGAUGCUCGAGCUCCAGCUCAAGGUCAUGAAGCCCAACAUGAAGGCGUCGUGGAUCACACUCAAGAAGCAAACCAAGUCGUUCAUGACCGACGACCGCCAGCUCCUUCUCUUCCGCGAGCCGGUCUUCCAGCACAAGGUCCCGCGCGGCCUCGAGGUCCCGCUGGGCACGACCACGCAGUGGCACAAGUGGACCAUCUUGCUCUCGGUCGAGCAGCCGUCGAAGCUCGAGGACAAGCGACUCGACAUGUGGGACGUCGUUCGCGCCAGCGGCGUCGAGUACUUCCUCCCGCACGCGCCCAAGUACGUACUCGACACCGAAGACCGCGACGUGUCGCUCCGCAGCAUCGACAAGUGCCUCACGGACGCCAUGCCGCUGGUCGUGAACCGAGGCGUCUUCUCCGACUCGGACGCCGUCGUUCGCGUGCAGCUGCGCUACGCGGCAAUACUGCGCACCUCGUGGUUCUACCUCGGUGUGCCCAUCGUCGAGAUGCUGCCGCAAGGCGGCCUCUUCAUCGUCACGAGCUUCCUCACGACGAUCUCGAACCUCCCAGCGGCUGUUGGCCCGGUGCUUGCCAACCAGAUUUACCGCAAUUUUGAUGUCGACGAGGGCUCGCUCCUCUCGGACACCAAGCACGUGCGCAACCAGAUCGCCAUCCUCUCCAUGUCGUCGUGCUUGCUCAUCGCGGGUGGCGACGGCUGCUGA